CCAGAAUUCAAACUUCCAAGCUGUUCUACAUCUCUGCAACUGCAUCUGAUCAAAAUGGAGAAAGAUUCAGACCAAUUGGCAGAGACUACCUGCAACAUGGAACAACAGACAAAUCAACAAGAAAGAGACCCAGAGAGCAAUUCUCUCCAUCGACCCCUCCUCAAGAGAAAUCUAACCCUUUCUUCAAGUCCACUAGCGCUCGUUGGCACCAAAGUUUCCUACAUCGAAAGCUUGGAUUACGAAAUCAAUGAGAAUGAUCUCUUCAAGCAUGACUGGAGAAGCAGAUCACAAACACAGGUGUUGCAGUAUAUAUUCCUGAAAUGGCUAUUAGCCUUCCUGGUUGGGCUUUUAACGGGUGUUGUAGCCACUCUCAUCAAUCUUGCAGUUGAGAACAUUGCAGGAUACAAACUACUGGCUGUAGUCCACUACAUAGAGAAAAAGAGGUACAUGAUGGGGUUCUUCUUCAUGACCGGUGUCAAUUUCAUGUUGACACUGGGUGCAACUCUUCUUGUUGUGUUUUUAGCACCUACUGCAGCUGGGCCUGGCAUUCCUGAAAUUAAAGCUUACCUGAAUGGGGUAGACACGCCCAACAUGUAUGGAGCCAUGCCGAUGUUUGUUAAGAUAAUUGGAAGCAUAGGAGCUGUAGCAGCAGGCCUGGACCUAGGGAAAGAAGGGCCUUUGGUUCACAUUGGCGCCUGCAUUGCUUCAUUACUAGGUCAAGGUGGACCCGACAAUUACCGGAUCAGAUGGCGCUGCAUCCGUUACUUCAACAAUGAUCGUGAUCGACGAGAUAUCAUCACUUGUGGAGCCUCCUCAGGGGUAUGUGCUGCUUUUCGGUCUCCUGUGGGAGGUGUCUUGUUUGCACUUGAGGAGGUUGCAACAUGGUGGAGAAGUGCUCUUCUCUGGAGAACUUUUUUCAGCACAGCAGUUGUGGUGGUUGUGCUUAGAGCUUUCAUGGAGUACUGCAAAGCCGGAGACUGCGGACUCUUUGGACAAGGUGGGCUAAUCAUGUUUGACGUCAGUGGCGUUUCAGUGAGGUACCAUGUUGUUGAUCUCAUCCCUGUCACCGUAAUUGGAAUCAUCGGAGGAGUUUUAGGAAGCCUUUACAACCACCUCCUUCACAAGGUCCUUCGUCUCUACAAUCUCAUUAAUGACAAAGGGAAAUUCGCCAAAAUUAUGCUCAGUCUCGCUGUCUCACUCUUCACCUCUGCAUGCUUAUAUGGACUCCCAUUCCUCGCCAGCUGCACUCCGUGCGAUCCAUCUCUUGUAGAUUCCGAGUGUCCAUCUACAGGAAGGAUGGGGAACUUCAAACAGUUUAACUGCCCGAAAGGACACUACAACGACCUAGCGACGCUCCUCCUUACUACCAAUGAUGAUGCUGUACGCAACAUCUUCUCCACCAACACUCCCAGUGAAUACCGCGUAUUUUCCCUAGUCAUUUUCUUUCUACUUUAUUGCAUAUUGGGACUCUUCACGUUCGGCAUUGCAGUUCCCUCCGGUCUCUUCCUCCCUAUCAUCCUCAUAGGCUCAGCUUACGGCCGGUUGCUUGGUAUGGCAAUGGGGCCCUAUACAACCAUUGACCAAGGUCUAUAUGCUGUUUUAGGUGCGGCUUCCUUGAUGGCAGGCUCAAUGAGGAUGACAGUUUCCCUUUGUGUAAUAUUUCUUGAGUUAACCAACAAUCUUCUUUUGCUCCCCAUAACAAUGUUAGUCCUUCUAAUAUCCAAAAGUGUUGGGGACUGCUUCAAUCCAAGCAUCUAUGAGAUCAUAUUAGAUCUUAAAGGGUUACCUUUCUUGGAAGCCCACCCUGAGCCAUGGAUGAGAAAUAUAACUGUUGGUGAACUAGCGGACGUGAAGCCUCCAGUAGUCACCCUCUGUGGAAUUGAGAAAGUGAGCAACAUAGUGGAUGUUUUGAGAAACACGAGCCACAAUGCUUUUGCUGUUGUAGACAAUCAAGUGGUGCCGGCAGUGGGUCAGGUAAGUGAAGUGCAUGGACUUGUUUUAAGAGCUCACCUUUUACUAGUGCUAAAGAAGAAAUGGUUCCUGCAAGAGAGGAGGAGAACAGAGGAGUGGGAAGUUCGAGAAAAAUUUACGUGGGUUGAUGUGGCGGAAAGGUGGGGAACGAUUGAGGAUGUGGCGGUCACAAAAGAAGAAAUGGAAAUGUAUGUGGAUUUGCAUCCACUUACCAACACCACUCCGUAUACAGUGGUGGAGACCAUGUCUGUUGCCAAGGCUUUGGUGCAAUUCAGGCAGGUGGGACUCCGCCACAUGCUCAUCUUACCAAAGUACCAUGGCCCUACAGUGCCGCCGGUGGUUGGAAUCUUGACGAGGCAGGACUUGAGAGCCCAUAACAUUUUGAGUGCAUUUCCUCAUCUGGAAAGAUCCCAUGCAAGUAAAAAGGGACGCUGAAUCUCCAUGCAAAAGGCAAAUGGCAAUGGCAAUGGCAAUGGCAAAUGAAUUGAAAUCUCCAUGUACGUACUCUAUUAUUUCCAUUUUUGAAAUUCUUUUAUGAAAUUUAAAGAAGAUGGAUGAUUAAGACAAUAAUGUAAGACGACGUCUGGAUUAAAAGAUUGCAUUUUGAUACAUAAAUUAUAAAGGCGGUUAUUUAAUUUUGUAACAU